AUUUUUUAAUAACGAUCAAUACAAAAAGAAAAUGUUAAUAACGAACAUAACUUAGUAGUGUUGAUAACGACCAAUACUAAAAAAACAUAACACGACAAGAAUUGAUUACAGUGUUCACAAAAUUAUCACGUUAGAAAUGAACAUUAAAAAAAAAAUCCAAUGUAAUUAAUAAUUUACAUAACACGACAGAUUCAUUAAUAAUAGAGAGCAAAAGGUUGAGAGCGAGAACAUAUUGAUUAACAAUGUUGACAAAACCCUAAUCUCAUGCAGCGCCAAAACCCUAAUCUCAUGCAGUGCCAAAACCCUAAUCCCAUGCAACGCCAAAACCCCACAAAAUACCGACAAAAAAAUUGGAGACGAAAAAAUACCUUAAAACGCCGCCGAUGAGAGACUGAGAGUUGAAACGAGAUCACGGAAGGUCUCAGCGAUGGUGAACUCGAAUCGUCGGCUGACGGGAGCAACGUGAUGGAGAACUCGAAUCGUCGGUCGGCUGCUGUGCUUUGCGAAGGCUGCUGCCGCCGACGAGAGGCUGCUGUGCUUUGCGACGGAGAAGGGACGGAAACAACGGCUGACCGAGAAGGGACGGAAUCGUCGGCACGGAAGAAGGGACGGAAUCGUCGCCUGACCGAGAAGGGUUGCUGUGCUUUGCGAAGGCUUUGCGGCAGAGAAGGGACGGAAACAACGGAGAAGGGACGGAAUCGUCGGCACGACGACUGGCUGUUGUCCUUUGUCGGAAAUCUCAGCGGGAGGGAGACGGAAACAACGACUGAUGGACUCGGGAUGGAGAAGGGACGACCGGACGACGGAGAACUCGGGACGGAGAAGGGACGACCGGACAACGGACUGAGAAGUUGGGACGACAGCCGGAGAAGUCGGGGAGACGGACGGUCGCUCUUCUUGCGGGAGGAAUAUGCUAAACAGACGAAAAGCAAUGGGUUAGGGUUUUUGAAAAAAAAAACGCAUGUUUUAAUUUAAUUAUAUUCUCCUUAAUACCCCUAACAACUUUUAAACUAAUCACUCCCUACUAACUACCUAAUCUUGAGUUAGCCCAUCAGAAGGCUUUAAGUUCCUCCUUAAAAAAGAGACCUUAAGGACCUGAACUUAGGCCCUUAAGGACCUGAUCUAACCCGAUUGGCAACACUAGCAAUUGCAAACCCCUCCCCUACAAAUCUAGGAUCUUUCUGUCGGCAAUCAGUACCAACAGGCAACAAACAAAGAGUAGUGGUCUUCGAUAUCUAAGUCUCCCCUUUAAUCCCUUUUCAUCUUCUUCGACAGAAACAAUUGGAGGUGUUGAGAUAUGAUAUCAAUUUGUCUAAUAAGAUAAACGACUAAGUUAUUGGCCGAUAACCAGUUGAUCUCAAUAAUUUGAUUUGUUGGGAGGAGUUCAAUUAUAAAUUGAUGUGUUUAAUAGAACAGAUGGAGUUACCGGGAAUCGAAAAAAGACCUCUAAAUCACAGGAAAAUAUGAUAUCAUGUCAAUUGAUUCCAAUAACUCGAGUUGUUUGAAGAUGUUAGAUUAUGAUUUAUAUACUGUUUACUAACACCAAGCUCAUUGCAAUGUAUCACAUGAGCCCAAGCCCAGUCGCGGAGGUAGGAUUUGAAACUACCUAUGGCAUGUAUCAUAUGUCCUCUUUUCGUAUUAUAAAUAUAUAAAUAUUUAACACAUAUAAUUAAUUGACAAUAUCUAAAUCAUUUAUUUUCUAGUAUAAAAAAUAACGACUACUACUCGGUAUUUUCAUAAACAACCAUGACAAGUUUUCAUAUUAUGAAAGAAACAAAAAAAUACAUUCAUAUUUUACACUAAUAAGUAAGUCCUUUUCAAUGGAUAUCACUAAACAACCAUUAGCAAACUGGUCGUGAAUUCAACUUCGAAGUUCGUUCUUGAUAUAACUCAAAGAUUAAAAUAUUUUAUCUACACUUGCCGUCAAAACUAGUGGAAUCGCCGCUGCCCCUAGACUGCUUCAAGAUUGUUGGGCAAAUAAUCGCAUAUGCAUAUGAAGAAAAGAGAUUUUUUUCCAAUUGAGAUUUAAUUUGUAGUAUAAUAAAUAAAUUAAUUGAAUGUUAAUUUAUGAUCAAGUAAUCAGUAAGUGAUAUAAUGACAUAAUACGUUGUACUAGAUAUUGUGUUUUAUCUUUUGUAUAAAUAUAUAUGAAGUAUUUUUGUUUCUCCCAAAAUUUACCCCUAACCCAAGACAAUGGCCAAUAAGGCUGGCUCUGCUGCUUAUGCCCAAGCCCACCGAAAGCACAAACUCUUGUAUAAAAAUUAAAAAUAAAGAGACUCCAGCCUUCUAAGCAAAAGGCUAACUUCCCCUCCUCCAUUUAGGGCUCGUUUGGAGAAUUGGAGUCUAGGGAUCGUUUGGAGAACAAGAUUUAGAUCAUGGAUUUAUCGAAUCCAUAGAUUUAGCAAAAUGCUAUGUUUUUUUGCUACAUUUUGUGUCGUGGAUUGUAGCUUUAGAGAUUUUAAAUCUCUAAAAUCUAGAGAUAUCAAAUCUCUCAUAAUUAGAGAGAUUCUAUAUAUUGAUUUUGGAGAUUUUCUUCCUCCUACUAUAUCUCUUGUUUUUUUUUUCAUUUAUCCCACUAAAUACCCUUACCAAUAAAUUCUCAAUAUUUUCGAGCCAAUCUAAUUAUUUUGGUUAAGGAUAAACAUAUUAUUUGAUAAAAAAAAAUUCUUUUUUCAUUGGAUGUUAACAAUCGUAAUUACCAAACAAUGAACAUUUUUAAAUCUUUUUUCAACAAUCCAGAGAGUUAAAAUCUUUGGAUUGUCUAGAAUAUAGAGAUUUAGACUCCAAUUCUCCAAACGUGCCCUAAAUCUCUAGAUUCUAGACAAUCCAAAGAUUUUAACUCUCAGGAUUGUUGAAAAAAGAUUUGAAAAUGUUCAUUGUUUGGUAACUAUGAUUGUUAACAUCCAAUGAAAAAAGAAAUUCUAU